AUGAGAAUCGAUGAAAGAGUUUUUUAUCUCCGAGGGUUUUUCCACCGUCAAUGGCAAGCUUAUGAUACACAUGACAAAUCAAGAAUCUCAACUGAAGCCGUUAUAGAUCCUACUGCAAUCUUUGCCAUGCUCUUUGGUAGUGAGCUUUUUGACGAAUAUAUUGGCCAGUUAGCCAUGGCAUCCAUGGCUUCCAUAGACAUUUUUACUCAAGAAGAACAAUUUGAUACUAAAAAGUUGCAAGAUAAUAUGCGGUUGUUCAAAAAUAGAGAGAAGAAAGGCUUACAGAAAUACUAA